AUGGAGUCUCAGGGUAUCAGCAGAGAAGAGUCACGACGACAAAGCUAUACAGUCCGGCGUAUCCAGCCAUCAGACUUCCCAGCGGCAGCAGAAAUUCUAGCAAAUGACAGCAGCCUGGGCAAAACGUUGUACUCAGGCAAGGAAGCCCACCACAGCGACCCCAUAGAUGGAUUUAUCCAGAGUAUACGAUCGAGAUAUCUGAGUCCCGGAUGGGUGAUAUAUGUCGCCGUCGCAGUUCCUAGCAAGGAUGACACCACGGACCACAGGGGAAUAAUUGUUGGAUAUGCAGCUUGGAAGCGAACGGGCACAAGCCCCGCAGCGCAAGCAUGGUCUGACAACAAUGAGUGGAAUUUAAACGGCCUCCGGGUAACCCUUUCCAGCUUACAAGACAGUUUAACUCAAUGCUUCCAGUUAAGCAAAGGAGUCAAUUCUGACGAGCCUUCACUCCGACUUGAGGAGAGUUUCCCAUCUGAUGUGUUUCCAGAGCUGUGGUAUUUGGCUACCCUCGCAGUUGAUCCAGCAUACGAAGGAGAAGGAAUACGGCCCUUGUUGACACGACGCGGUAUAAGCCAUGCAAUCGAUGAGCGCGUUCCAAUAGGGCUAGAAUCAAGCAUGAGAGAUAGUAGAGUAUAUGAGAAGAUGGGUUUCAGGCUGCUCAAAAUGACGAUGAAGGGGGGUUUGCCGGUGUCUGUCAUGGUCUGGAGGCCCCCUGGACCAGCGCCCGAACGGGUCAGAGAGUUCCAGGGAGUGGACAGCGCUGCCCGCUUUCGCACACGGUGUCCUUAA